CGACGCGCACGCUCUUCUGACGCGAGAAUAAAAUAAACGUAAGACGUCGAAGAGGCGGAAAAUAUAUCUUCGAGGACCCACGCAAUAUUUGGUGACGACAGAGACAACGGAAAACUGUCAGGUUGACUGUCUUUACGAUUAAAUCCGACGAACGAUUUUCCUGCGCGAAGACAAAGAGUGUGACCGAGUGCGCGAUACCAAGUCAAUCAAUGAUUUGUCAUUGUUUUAAUAAUCGCAAAUGUUAUCAGGAUAAAGUGAAUACCGCAACUGUGAUUUUUUCAUCAAACAAUUAAGACUUGUGCGCAAAUAUUUUACAAAGGCAUGACAUAAGAGAGGAAGAAAGACAGGAAGAAGCUACGUUCGAAGAAAUUUCCACGAGAAAUAUAUUUUACGAGGAUGCAGCGAGUCCUCAGCUUUCAGAUGACCCGCAAUAUCGGCGAGUCCAGCGAAUACGUAACGAAACGGUUGUGUGUCUCGUUUCUCUUCUCGGUCGGUUUCCUCUGUCUUCUCUGCGGCUUUCUGCUAGGCCGCUUCGUCGCCGAGAGAUCAAUGGAAACUCAAAUGCAGAAGACACGCGACGAGUUGGCCGGAAAUGGUCUGCGGAAGACGGAACAUCUUCAGCAAGUGGCGCUUUUAGAAUUGACGAAAGCCUCGUUCGAUUACGAUACAACUUCAAUUGGAAAUUUGCAGACGCCGGAUUUAAUAAGAGAUAAUGUACGAAAAAAAAAUAUACGCAUCAACGAGUUUUUUUCCAACUUGUCGUUCGUUCACGAAGUAAUCAAUAAUAAGGAUUACGUUCGUGCAACUAUUCGCGGCUCGCGAGAACUAGAUAGAUAUGUUAUGUUAUGGGUUAAUAAAAACAAUAUCUCAGUAGCUCUAGAAUUAGCGCAGGUCCUGGACAGAAUUUAUUCCGCGCACGAUUGGCGGCCACGACGAAGUCUGAUAUUCUGUGUAUCUCUGACGUUCCGGAAAGCUUGUGUAGACUCCUUGCCUACUUUUAUACAGCGAAAAGCCGUGGCUUACGUAUCUUUGGACGAUCAAUCAAGGCAAACUCACGUGACUUUAUCCGGAUCCGAUGUGAUACGCUCAAUAGCCGUCGAAGCCGUCAAGACAAUCCCUAAUGGUAAUUGGACAUAUCUCGACCAUGAUAAAAUGUCCAUCGGUCCUAUUCUUCUGAAUAUUCCGCAAGUGACGUUUUCGUUCGAUGGUAAUUCUCAUGUAAUACUGACGCAGAUGAUUAGUCAGACUAUGUGGCGACUGUCCGAAAGUAUAAUUAUUCAAUGGGAACCAAAGUAUUUUAAUAAAACCGUUAACGAGGUAUUGGAAUUAAUCAACAGUAAAAAAUUUCAGGAUGUGAAGGAAACAUUGAAGAGAACGUCGAGAGAUUUAGUUACCGCGGUGAAGGAUCUUAAUGCAAAAAUUGACGCGACCGAGAUUACUCAGACAUUACAAAUAAGGAUCUGGAAUGAUUUGCUUCUGGACCUGGACAAGACGCUUUUAUGCUUCGAUCAUUCGAUUGCUUUGAGAAUCGAUGAAUUGACUGCUCUCGCACAACUCGAAUCUAAUGAAACUUUGAAUAACCUCAAAAAAAUUGCAAAAUGUUACGAAGAUGCUAUACAAAUGUUGCAAGAAAAAUAGAAGAAAAAAAACAACAUUGGGAGAUUUCGCUAGAUAAAUAUAAAUCAUCUUCAUCAUCCAUUGUGUAAUGUA